AUGAAACAAUUUGGUCUAAUUUUUUUAUUUUUAUUCAUUUUAACUCACUUUUUACAAAUUGAAUUAUUAUACGCUCAAACAACCAGUCCAAUUAAAUUUAUAAAAAAUUAUCGAAGAGAGACUUUAAUUAACAAUAAUAAGGGUGUGACUUUAAAUCAAGAUGCACCUAAAGAACCAGCACCAGCCGAUGGUAAAGCUCCAUCACCAGCACCAGGUAAAGCGCCAGCAAAAACACCAGACGCUAAAGUACCAUCAAACGGUAAAGUACCAGCUACAGCAAAAACACCUACAGCAACUCCAUCUCCAGCGGUAAAAAAAGAUAAUACAGGUGUAAUCGUUGGUUCAGUGAUAGGAGGAAUCAUUAUGAAAAUGUUAUGCCAAUUGCUGGAUCAGUUAAAGGUAAAAAAAUUGUCAACUACUCCUAGGGAGAUAUUUAUUUCAAAUAAUUAUCAAACAAUUGCAAGUAAUUCUACAAGAAAUCAUCAGAAUUACGUUGUUAUUUCUCCUCAACAAGAAGAAAAUAUAAUUCAACAACUUAGACAAGAACUUUCAAAAGAUAUUAAAAAUGAAGUCGCUAAUCAAAAUGCUCAGUUAAGAAAGAAAUACGAGAAAUCAAACAA